AUUACUAAGCCCUGAUUCGUGUGUUUUGUUUUUGAUGCGUUGCGAGGUGAUUAAUUUUUCGUUUUUUAGAGUAGCUGCCUAAAGGAUUGCUAAAGGACACCCCUUUUUUUGUACACGUGACUUGACUUCAAAGGCUUCAUGAUGAAUUACGGCAGGAAAACGCCCUCCACAUAUCGGUCCAAUCCGUCGGUUUAUUCCCACGCCACGGGAAGAUCCUCGACGAAUUUGCACUCCAAGAUGUCCCGAUCCACGCGAUCCGUGCGGAUUCCCUGGUACCAACGACCGCUGCUCAAAAACAACCAGUAUAUCGACAUACAGAAGGGUGCCAUGCUCAUCGGACUGUUUGCCAUUUUCCUAUCACUCUUCACCAUUGCCACGAGUAUUUUCGACAUCUAUUGCUAUGCUAUGGCCGCGCCAGGAUCCACACAUUAUGGUUACUAUAUCAUAUCCUAUGAGUUCGUCUAUGUGGGCAACAAACAUGUUCGCAACAUGCUGAUCGUCUUUGCAUUAUUCUCGCUUGUCCUGGCGCUGAUAAACUUUGUGACCAGCGUCCUUCUCUGCGUGGCCCUGCGCAAGGAAUAUGAAAGGAAAGUAAUGCCCUGGCUGUGGACCUUUGCCGUUUUCACCGUUUGGCGGGCUUUGGCCCUGAUCUUCUUCGCCAUUGUCAACGAUCUGUACUUUGCCUACAAUGUGAUUAUGGUGCUCCUGUGGUCUGUCUUCUGUGUGUUGUGCAUCUAUGGCUGGGCUGUGGUGUACUCUCUGUUCCUGGAACUGGUGGAUCUGACCAAACUGGAGGAUCUGGCCCAUUUACGCAUGGGCACAAUGGCUUCGCUGCACGCCUCUACCGCCAAUUCACUGGCUGGAUCGCGGCCAACCACUCCUCAUAGCACCGUGUCCACCAUGCCCGUGGGCUAAACCAAGUAUUUCCCACCCAUCAAAGGGGCUCACAACGAAAUUGCACAAUCUAGACCGUCCGAAAGCAGCACAAGACAAGCCCCAUGCUUCGCACUCAAAUAUUUCUUAAACUAUAUUGUACAUUCCAUCCACCAGUUCAGUGCCUUAGAGAUGCGCCUCUCGAAUACCACAAAUUUUAUACACGAAUCUGCGUAAUUAGCUGUAAGUCAUGUUCCGUCCAAAUGCAUACGUUUUUUUUGUAUACUGUUGAAGAAUCUCUGCCUUUAUGUGUGUCAGCAUAUCGUGUUUUUUACAUAUACAAACCGAAUUGUAGCUAUGUAUCUAAAAUAUUAAGCGACAAGCAAUAUACAAAAUACAAAACUGAA